UAGAAGGGAGAAUGGUAAUGAUCGAGGAAAGAAAACGAGGGCACUAAAAGAUGGCCAAUACAUGUGUAGCUAUAAUCAAUAUUUUAUGCAAAAAUGUCUGUGGGGGGGGAAUAUUUUGACUGCAAAAAAAAGUGUAAAGAUUGAAGACAUGCAGAAAAACUCCUUCAUGUGGACGAGACUUUUUUUCUUUACCAAAUUUGUCUUAUUGUUUUCUCCAUAGAAUAAUCAGCAUUACAUUAUGCAUGUGGGGACAAAAUAACUUAUCGAGAAUCCACGCAAUCUCCCGAAAUAAUGUUGAUGUCUGGAAAGGAAAUUGGGAUGUAUAAUCCAGAAAAUAUAUUCUGGGCAAUUUUUGCAUUUAUGUGGAUCGUUUACCUGUGGGAAACGUACCUUUCUCAUCGUCAGCGUAAUAUCUACAGAAACACAAAAGAAGUGCCAUCCUCCCUCAGAGAUGUAAUCGAUAACGAGACCUUUGAGAAAGCUAGGCUCUAUGGACUGGACAAGAGUAGCUUUGGAUUCUGGCAUGGGAUCUAUGAACAGAUUGAGUCAUCUAUCAUCCUAGUACUCGGUGGUAUACCAUAUCUCUGGAUGUUAGCUGGCAAAGUCACCAAUCGCUUGGGCUAUGGACAUGAAUAUGAGAUCACACAGUCGCUGGCGUUCAUGUUGCUUGCCUCGGUGUUCUCCACGGUGGUCGGACUGCCCUGGGUCCUUUACAGCACGUUUGUGAUUGAAGAGAGGCACGGCUUCAACAAACAGACACUUGGAUUUUUCUUCAAAGAUCAGGUGAAAAAGUUUAUCGUGAUGCAAGCGAUCUCCCUUCCUAUAUUAGCUGGUCUCCUUUACAUCAUCAAGAUGGGUGGCCAAUACUUCUUUGUUUAUGCCUGGGUCUUUACCCUAGUAAUCUCGUUGUUCCUGAUCACUGUGUAUGCUGACUACAUUGCCCCUCUCUUUGACAAGUUUACACCCCUCCCGGAGGGUGACCUGAGGACAAAGAUUGAAGACUUGGCAAAGAGCAUUGAUUUCCCACUUUACAAGCUGUAUGUUGUUGAAGGCUCCAAACGGUCGUCUCACAGUAAUGCCUACUUUUAUGGAUUCUUCAAAAACAAAAGAAUAGUUCUCUUCGAUACCCUCCUGGAAGACUACACACCUGUCAACACUGAUGAGAAAAAGUCGGAUGAAACUGAGACGACAAAAACAGAUGGAGAGGAGAAGAUAGAAGAGGAGAAUAAACCCCAAGGAGAGAAGACAGAGGAGGAGGAGAAGGAGAAAAAGAAGACUGGUUGUAACACCGAAGAAGUCCUUGCUGUUUUAGCUCACGAGCUUGGGCAUUGGAAGCUGGGACAUAAUCUCAAGAAUCUUAUUAUAAGCCAGGUGAAUAUAUUCUUGUGUCUGUUCCUGUUUGCCCUUCUAAUUGAGAGGACAGAGUUCUUCAAUGCCUUUGGCUUCUACGACUCCUACCCUACCCUCAUUGGCCUUCUCAUUAUAUUUCAGUUUGUCUUCUCACCUUAUAAUGAGGUUUUAUCCUUCUGCAUGACGGUGUUGACAAGGCGUUUUGAGUUCCAGGCCGAUGCCUUUGCCAAGUCCCUCCACAAGGCUUCCUUCCUACGCAUGGCUCUCAUCAAGCUCCAUAAAGACAAUCUUGGUUUUCCCGUUGCCGACUGGCUCUUCUCUGCCGUACACUACUCACACCCGCCUCUCCUUGAAAGAUUAGGUGCCCUCGGCAAGACUGAUUAGGUCAGGAAAGCCAAGUAUCCGCUCAUACCCUCCUUUCUACUGAGAUGAGGUUCCCUCGGCAAGACUGACUAGGUCAGGAAAGCCAAAGCGUCCACUCAUACCCUCCUUUCAACAGAUUAGAUACCCUUGGCAAGACUGAUUAGGCCAAGAAAGUCCACUCAUACCCUCCUUUCAACAGAUUAGUUGCCCUUGGCAAGACUGAUUAGGUCAAGAAAGCCGAGGCGUCCGCUCAUACCCUCCUUUUUACAGAGAUUAGGUGCCCUUGGCAAGACUGAUUAGGCCAAGAAAGCCAAAGCGUCCGCUCAUACCCUCCUUUCCACAUCGAAUGAAGGGUUUAUUUGACUUCUCAUUUGUCAUAACCCCCCUCCCCUCAAAGCUGCCUUGUUUUGGAUAUGCAACAAUAUGUAACAUUUUUGUUAAGCUGCGUAAUUUAUUACUUAUCCCAAAGUGUCCGAAGAAAAUGUAUUGGCCCAUCUUGUACUUUCGCUUUGUAUAACUUUGAAUCAUACAAUUCAAUUCUCAUCAAGGCAAUAUUUUUCUUAAUACAUAUGGAUGGUCUGCAUUUCCUUCUAAUUGAAGUUAUUUUAGCAUUUAUUGGACAGUGAUUGUGGAUAUAUGGUGUAGUUUCCUUCAGCAAGAAAUUAAUCCACAUUGUGCUGCACUUAAACCCAGGUGAGGUGAAUGGGUACCUGGCCGGAAUUUACUCCUUGAAAUGCUGAGUGCGUAAAAGCUGCUUGAGCUACAGCCAGGGUAAUAUGCAAAUCCUUUUGGAAGUGCAUAGAGACGUUAUUCAUGUGUUAUGCGCUAUAUAAAAACUGACUAUUAUUAUUAUGAUACUAAUCAGGGUCUCGUUUCAGUAAGACUUGUUAUAAUAACAAAUGCGCAAUUUCUAAAAACAAGUUCACUAUCAGCCAAUCAAAUGGAAUGAUUUCAGCAGCUGUUAUUGCAAAUUCGUUAUUAUAACAAGUUUUAUGAAACGAGUCCUUGUUUUCUAACCGAUGUUUAAAUGAAGUGCUGCAAACAGUUGGAAGUUCAAAUUAGAAAAGCGUCUUGACGGUGCAGAAAUGCCCUUUGCACCACACGCGCACCCCAUCGGUGCUGAAACAUGAGGGCAUUGCGUAAGGGCGUUUCUGCACCGAUGGGGUGCACAUAAUUGUGGUGAGACACAACAAAUUCAGUAACUUAACUUCCAUAAUUGGUAAAUAAAAUUACUGUAGUCAUUUCUAUAAACGGGUUAUAAGCUUCAUGGAAAAAGCAGUGUGGAGCAUAUUUGUAAUUUCAGUCAACCCUGUCCUAGCUGCCACCUGUCUCGUGGAAACUUGUCUAAAGGUCAUCUGUCUCCAGUGACCAAUUUCUGUUUCACCUUGGUGGCCCUGGUAGACAGAUUUAACUGCUGUUUUAAGAAAUUCACAAUUAUGUCAAUGAACAGAUUAAGAAAAUCUGACUUUACCAAGCUGUAUAAUGGUGUAUACUUAUAUUAGAUAUGGUUUAUACCUCGGUAACAUUUGCUCUACGGCGGCCGUACGGUGAGUCGAAAACAGCCAUUUUGACAUUUUUUAUACCAGCUACAUAAAAAUGAAUAAAAUGGCUGUUUUUGAAGAUAGAGUUGCUAUCAUAUCAACCCCUUAUGAAAUUGACCCUGGGGAAUAACACUGUUUAAUGCAGUAGCAUACGCAGGAUUUUUUAAAGGGGAGGGGGUUCAAGGUGAAUGAAAUUUUGAUAACCCAAAAAAAAGGUCUUCACCACCAGUUUUAGGUUGUUUCCUAUGAAAAAAUUACAAGUGAAAAACAAAAUAAAACAAAA